AAAACUAAAACCAGCUGGCUUAUUAUUCAGAUUACUUUGAGGGUUUAAAGUAUGUUAUAUAGUUACAUUUUUGGUCAAAUAUUUCAGCCUAUACAGAUAAUAUUCACCUUGUUUAAGGCAAUAAAUUAUUGAGUAAUAUUGUGGUACUCAGAUAGUGAACAGUUGAGCUGCGCAGAGAGUUCAAUUCAGUCGAAGCUUGAGCUAGGUGAAGACAGUCGCGGCUAGACCCUGUUCGUGCUUUGAAUAUGCCCAAUUUUAUAUACUGUUGCAUACCAAAACCGUCGGGUCGAUGGUGAGAAGAAAGAAGACAUCAUCUGCUGUCGAAGAGCAUGAAAAUGGGAUGACAGUUGGGCUGAGAGACGGCAUCGGUGUCGAUAGCCCGAAUAAUUCGGGCAGAAAGCUUGAAGGUUGUGACGAGGAGGAGAGCGGAGAUCAGGGGAGCGAGGAGCGUAGUACAAAGAGAGACGAAGUGGAAAUUCUUAAUCCUUCAACUACGGGCUGCUCCAGUUCAGCACCGGUUAUUACCACCUCCGUAUCGAACCCAUCUGGACCUUGCUCGAGCCAACAGCCCCCGUCUUCGACAACACCCAACCCACCGAGUCACGACCAGCAUCAUUUUUUGAGAUCCAGCGUUCGACCCCCGAGCAAACGAAUCCGGAAGGAUUCCAUCGCCCCAACUAUCAAUGGUCACAGCGGGGCAAAAUCGAAAGGGUCAGAGAAUGGUCCCUCUCACCAAGUGUCAGCUGGUCAGUCCGGCUCCACGUCAGGCUCAAUGGGGCCCUCGGGUAAGGCGGCCCCUAGAGGCCAAGGGCCCGGGGUCAAGGAGGAGCCGGUGGGCAGCCAAAAGAGACCCCGGCGACAGUGGGAGUCCUGGAGUGCAGAGGACAAGAACAGCUUCUUCGAAGGGCUCUACGAGCAUGGGAAAGACUUUGAGGCGAUCCAGACGAACAUAGCUUUGAAGCAUAAGAAGAAGGGGAAGCCAGCCAGCAUGGUGAAGAACAAAGAGCAAGUCCGACACUUCUACUACCGCACCUGGCACAAGAUCUCCAAGCACAUCGACUUCGCCAAUGUGUACUCCCGUGUGCUGAAGAAGUCUUCUCAGGAGCUCUAUGGUCUAAUCUGCUACGCUGAACUCAGGAAGAAGGUUGGAGGAUUGAUGGACGAUAAGAACGUGGCCAAGCUUAACGAGCUCAUCCAACAGGGGGCCACCACGGUGCGUUCUAAAGGCAGGAACCUGCGCAUCAAAGCUCCCAUGUGCCGUGCGCUCAAGAGGCUAUGUGACCCAGAUGGAGUGAGUGAUGAAGAAGACCAGAAGCCUGUGCGUCUACCUCUGAAGGUCGCCGUGGAGCUGCAGCCGCGUAGCAACCACUCCUGGGCCCGUGUCCAGAGUCUUGCCCAUAAUCCCCGCCUCAGGAUGGUGGUGGAGCUGCAUCGGAAGGUGUCCAGCCUUAUUGAGUUCCUGAAACAGAAGUGGGCCGUCCAGGACCAGCGCAUCCUGAAGAGCCUGCAGGAGCGCGAGGCAUUAGGGGGAACCCAGCAGCACAGUGGUAGCGGCAGCCCUGCUCUCCCCUGUAGAGCAGACAAGGAGGACCUGUUCCUAUACCCAGCUGAGACUAGCACCUUGACCCCCCUGCCCAGUGUAGCCCGUGUGGUCCACUCCAAGGCCUCCUGCACUGUCCACUGGCAGGAGAGUGGCAAGCCCCGGCCCGGCCCCAAGGAGCUGAUCCCCACCGCCCAGAUUCUGGGCAUCCAGGGGGCCCCGCUCCUCCUCCAACCCCGGGGGGGGGCGUGGCCAAACCUGGACGUAGUGGUGGGGAUGCUCGACCCGCGGGGCAGGUGGAACGGGAGAAGGGGCUGGGGGGGAGGACCAGGGGUAGGGGAGGCCUUGGGGGCCAAGGGAGGAGAUGGGGACUCCAAUUCUCAGGACCAGGGGGGCAGUUCUUGCUCUGCAACUGUUCCGUACAGGUUUGAAGAGCGGACCACAGGGGUUAACGGCAGUGACAGUGCCUCUCCAGAGAGGAACUCCCUCCCCCUGUUGGACCCACUGGUUCCCACCACACCUCCACCGGCACCGCGACAGGAGGAGGACGUCCCUCCAGACCAGGGGCAGGGGUGCGCAGCAGCCCCAGGAAAGGAAGAGUCUGGUGGGGUUGGUGGUGGAGGAGGAGGCAGCACACCAACCCCGGUGUCCUGCGGUCGGUCGGCCCAGCAGAUCUGUCAUGAGGGCUGGAGCUCGCGGGGGUCAGACAGCAACGUCACUCUGGCAGAGCUGUACCUGAUGCUGGGGAAACCUGGGAAACUGCAGCUGGAGUACGAGUGGCAGCCGGCUGCUGUUGCAGUCCCGGAGCUGGGGGACGAGGGGCUACAGGGACCAGGGCAGACAUUCCCACAACUACAGUCACCAUGCCCCCUGCCCCCACCCUCCACCCACCGCGUCCUGCGCUGUCUGCUCCGGCUGGUGUCAUCAGAGGUCAACCCCAAACCUGCCCCAGAGCUGUGCUCCACAGCCACGUCUCCGGUAAAGCCAUCCCAGGAGGAACAGUCCCUCACCCCCCCAGGCAAGGCCCCGGCUGUGGGGGUACGAAGCCCCAACUGUGGACGACCGCAGCCCCUGGGGGUCCGAGCGACAAAGCUGAUGUUACCAAACACUGGAUCCUCCGGUCGUAACCUCCCGCGGUCUCUGCUAGUGCCCGGGGGGGACUCAGAUGGUGGGGUGUUUGCCGUUCCCACCACCCUGCCCCCCAACAGCUCCCGACACUCCCGCAUGUUCUCUCCCAACAAGGAGGCCGAGCUCGCCUUCCGACAACAGCUUGACUCCAUCAGCAUGCAGUCAGACAUUUUCCUGCCGAAACAAAGGAAAAACAGAAGCCGGCCACUUCGAAAGCCCCUCGUGGUCCAGAGAACACUGCUCCCCCGCACCACUGGAGACACUCCUCAACACGUCUGCUCCUUCUCCAUCCUCUCUAACUCAUCUGCCACAGGAACAGGCUCCUUCCGGCCAAUCCAGCCCCGUCUCUCUCCCUCCACCCGUCCCCUCCUCCCCAGAACUCCGCCCAUUACCUCUGGCUAUGGGAUGUCCAGUCAGCUCUCCAGUGCCAUUGACCUGGCAGCUAAGUCAGCAGGCAUCAUUCCAGGCAGCCCCUGUCGAGAGCUGGAGGCCCCCAGACCAGACGGAAGGCCACUCUCGACCUCUCACCCUGGAGUGGUGUAUGCUGGUCCUGGUCCUCCCCAGCCACUGCUCCUCCAGCAGGCCUCCUCUGAGCAGGUUUCGCUGCAGAACGGCCUCCCCCUUCCGUCUCCAGGAGUAGCAGGUGACUCGCUCCUCUCCCCGCCCAGCGUGGCCUCUUUGCUGGACAUCUCUCUCCCGGGACCCCCAGAGGAAGCCAUGGCUCCUGGAGGGCCACAAACACACAUCAGUGACUCAAUCAUUGAGCUGGCCAUCAACUCGGCACACUACGGUGAUGAGGCAUCCCUCUCACCUGCCAAGCUGAAUGGUAGUGAGUGCUCUAAGCUCCUACCCUGUACCUCAGUCAGCCCCUCCAGAGGCUGGAUCCCUUCCCCCAGCCACGACCCUCAGUGGUACCCCAACGACUCCACUGACUCUUCAUUUGGCUGCCUGCUAUCGAGCCUGGUGUCCCCUGAUAAGGGCAGACGAAGCUCCCUGACCUCCUCCGGCCCCUCCAGUGGAACAGCCCUCCUCGGACCCAGAUUUCUGGACUGCAACUCCCAUGAUUCCUUUCAGUCCCGUGGCCUGCCAGACGUAGCGGAGGUAGACACCCAGCUGGCCUGCAUGAUGAGUGAGAGCAGCGUGGAUUACAUCGCCCGCUUCAACGAUUUGGCACAGGAGCUGGCUGUCACAGAGCCGCACCUCACACCCUCAUAAAUUUGAAAUAAUCUGGGGCAGGGUUUAGGAUCUGUCUGCCACAGAGUUGCCCCUCCCACUCCUUCAGAAGUGCAAGGAUGUAGGGGGUGGAGAGACACUCCUUCACCUAUAUUGUUU